AUUUUCUCCUUUCUCAUAUGCCUUCAGAUCGCCGACCUACUCCAUAAGGAGUACGAUCUGCCGCGUGACCUGGCCACCGAAGUCAGCACCACCUUCCUGACGUCCUACCGGCGCUGCCCGGACAAUCCGGACGUUCCCCUCGCUCAGUGGCGCAUCCAGCUGUGGGAGGACGCCCUCCCGAGUGGCCGCAAACAUCUGGCCGCCCUGGUGUAUCCCCGAUGGGUCGAGUACCGAACCCGUUACCUGGCCCCCAGUCCCGAGAUCAUCUCCAUGCUGCAGACCCUCCGGCUCCAGUACCUGCUGGGGAUCGUCACCAACGGGCCGUCGGCUUCCCAGUGGGAAAAGAUAGACAGGUUGGCUUUGGGUCGCUUUUUCGAUUGUAUUCUAGUUUCCUCAGAUCUGCCGUGGGCCAAACCGGAUCGGAACAUCUUCUACGCCGCCUGUCAUUAUCUGGGGGUGCGGCCGGAAGAAUGUGCCAUGAUCGGUGACAAGCUGGAGACCGACAUUCAGGGUGGCCUUGAGUCGCGGCUUGCUGCCACCAUUUGGCUUCCGCUGCCGAAGGACCUUCGGCUGAUGCACGACAAGAGCCUCGCCGAUAUGGGCGGUCUGGCCCAUCCCGAUUACAUCGUGGAAAGUGUGCUGGAUCUGCCGUCGGUGCUACCGUUGAUGACCUCCUUUUGUGGGCAACGCUGCCGGCCGGUUCAGGAGCGGAGGGGUUCGAAAUCGUACAUCCCAAAGACGACCCGCAAUCGACAGGCCAGCUACAACCGGUUCCUGCCGGACGUUCCGGAUCUGUACAGCUCGAGUAGCAACUCUUGCGACAGUAACGGCACGAUGGAUAGUCAGUAGGAAGGUUGUGGGCAUUUGAAGGAGGGAAAGAACCUCGAAUAAGACGAGAUAUUGCAACUGUGCCAUGUGCACCAGUAUCCUAAUCAAGGUACACAGUGAUUCACAUCAUUAGUUUGAUAAUUUUUGUGAGCUCCAGAGAUUUAUUUUAUUUUUUUACUAAAAAAAUAGUAAAGUUUUAAAUUUUUGAUUAGAUUGACC